AUGGCCAAAUCGAUAACCGCCCGCGACCUGCGCCGGCACUGGGUAAACAAGCAGGAAAUCGCCCUCCUCGACGUGCGCGAAGAAGGACCCUACGCUGAGUCGCAUCCGCUAUUCGCAAUCAGCGUGCCCAUCUCAGAGAUUGAGGGAAAGCUCCCUGCGCUGGUUCCACGCCUGUCUGCACCGAUUGUCGUCUACGACGAUGGCGAGGGGUACGCCGAGCGCGCCAUACCCCGCAUUCUUGCCCUCGGGUAUUCCGACGUCGCCAUUCUAGACGGCGGAUUGUCUGCGUACGCUCUUGUCGGCGAGGUCUACCGCGAUGUCGGUGUACCGUCCAAGGCAUUUGGCGAACUCGUCGAAGCGAUCAAUCAUACGCCGUCGCUCUCGGCGCGGGAUGCCAAAAAGAUCCUAGAGGAUAGUGCUAGUGAUGUGGCUGUACUCGAUGCGCGCCGCUUCGAGGAGUACAGCACGAUGAGCAUUCCCCGUGGGCGCAGCUGUCCGGGUGGAGAACUGCUUUAUCGCUUCUUCGAGGCCGUGCCCUCGCCGAAAACGACGGUCGUUGUCAACUGUGCAGGUCGAACGCGCAGUAUUGUGGGCACCCAGACGCUGAUCAACUCGGGGGUUCCCAACAAGGUGGUAGCGCUCCGGAACGGUACAAUCGGGUGGACGUUAGAGGGCUUAGAGCUGGAUACUAAGAAGGCAGAGCGCGUCGCACAGCCAUCGACCGAGGCAUCGCAAAGGGCACGGGAGCAUGCGACGGCUUGGGCCGAACACGUUGGCGUCACACUCAUUGAUGCGGAUCAACUUGAAAGGUUCGCUGCAGAGUCAGAUACCCGCACUCUAUAUCUGUUGGACGUGCGAGACCCGGAGGAGUACGCUCUUGGUCACCCGGUUCACUUCAUAAACGCCCCUGGGGGCCAAUUGGUACAAGCCACCGAAGAAUGGGUCGGGGUCAGAGGGGCUCGCCUGGUGCUGUAUGACACAGACGGGGUACGUGCACGCAUGACCGCCAGCUGGCUCGUACAACUCGGAUGGGAGGUGUACGUCUUGGACCAACGAUCUACAGUGCCCGACAGCCUCUCGGUUUCGGCCACUCCCUCAUGGAUUCCCCCAAAAGGAGGAGUCAUCACGAUUGAGGAGUUUCAAAGCCUGAAAGAUACAAAGACUGUGAUCGAUCUCGCCCGAAGCCCAGCCUAUCGCAAAGGCCACAUCCCCGGUGCAUGGUUCGCAUCUGGUCCGGAGCUUGCUAGAGAUCUGAAGAGUAUUUCCCCCACCGACGGACCGAUCGUGCUCACAUCGCCAGACGGUCGCGUUGCGGCAGGAAAUAUCGAGGAAGCCCGCAAGCUGGUCGGGACCGCAAGGAAAAUAUUGUACCUGGAAGGAGGAACUGCCGCCUGGGUGGCAGCUGGCCAUCCACUCGAGACUGAGGGGCGGUACCUUUCGGAGCCGAUCGACGUGUACAAACGCCCGUAUGAGGGGACAAAUAAUGCUCGCGAGGCUAUGCAGGGGUAUCUUGACUGGGAAUAUGGACUUAUCGCGCAACUGGCGAACGAUGGAGUCGCCGGCUUCCAUGUUGUGCGGAAAAGAUGA